UUCUUACGUUUUUGACAUUUAUUAAGCCUUAAAAUUUAUUUUAAAUUAACUUCAACUUUAUUAGAAAUCGUUUACAAAUAAUAUGUUAUUGUAUUUUUAUAAUUAGUUAACUUACUUAUUUUAAUAUGGGGUUUUAAAGAAAAUAGAUAUAUAUAUAUAUAAUAUACAUUGCCAAUGUUCAAAACUAAAAAUUAUACAUGAAAAUAUAUAAACAGAUGGUAAAUCUGGUAAAUGAAAAGGUCGCAGAAAAGGAAUGUUGGUAAAUUGUAUGAAACAGCUAUCGUUUUAAUACUUUCAAAACUAAAAAAAAAAAAGCAAAACAAUCGCUUUUUAAUUUGUGACCUCAUUCGAGUUCAUGAUAAAAAAUUUCUGAUCCACUCGUAAGUCUAAUAUAAAAUUCUAGAGAAUUUCAGAAAAUUCUAAGAGGGAAAGAGACAGAAAGAAAGGGUGAAAAUUUUAAAGGCAAACCCCCACGAAAGAACUCGUGCCAUUGUCCCCUUAGACCAACCGCAACGGUCGGUUUAUUGAGUACUUAGCUCGCGGUUUUAGGAAAAAUAGAAUUAAAAAAAUUUAAUUAAGUACGGUUUAUUAAGGACCGUAACUUAAUUAGAAGGCUGGAAGGAUUGAAUCCUUACCGACGUGUCAUCCCUUCCCCGGUUCGAUGUCGGGAUGAAUUUGGUUCAGGGAAAAAAAAAUUAAACGCGAAGGAGAUUAAAAAAAAAAAAGCUCCGGGCGAUCGAAGAGGCGACAGACGACUUGGUGAUAUCGAAGGUAAAUCGAAGCCUCCUAUCGUUCGUUUAUGGAUUUGUUUUGGUCGGAUGUUGUUCUCCUCGAGAUUUAGGGUUUCUUUUCAGUUUUAAAUCGAUUUGGGGAUAUUUCGAUUGAAGUUAGGGUUUCGAAUGAUUUGGGGAUGACGAUUCGAAUUGAUUAGGCUUUGAAUACGAUUUUGUUUUCCUUCGAUUGAUUUAGUAUUGAUGUUUAAUUUCCAUCUUAUUCUCUCAGGUUACGGAAUCAUGGGCCAAGAUUAUAGCUAUAGCCAACCGUCGUCUUCAGAAGUGAGUUUAACUUGGCUUCUUCAAGAAGAAGCAGAUGUGUAUGCCGAUGAAGCUCAGAGUAGGUUGAACCUUCAAGUCCCUGUUCAGUACGUUCCUCAACCUGAUGUCGAAGAAGGAAUCCCGAAGACAUGUUACUGUGGUGGUGACCCUGUAGUCGCAACAUCUUACACACCGAGAUAUCCAGGGAGAAGGUAUUUCACAUGUCAGAACGUAGACGACGACGACUGCCAUGUUUGGAAGUGGUGGGAUGUGGCCGUUACGGAGGAGUUGAGUGACAUUCAGACACAACUUAGGCAGCUCAAGGACCAAGGUAACGAGAGUGAGGAGAAAGUGGUUAAGCUUAAGGAGACAGUUUGUGAGCUAGCUAAGAAGAAUUCAGGGGUUACCACGGGCUUCCACUUGCUUUGUUGUUUAAUUGGUGGUCUCGUAAUAGCUCUCCUGCUUAUGUGUCUGCCGGGGGCAGGGUCCAAAGCUUGAAGCGGGAGUGUCUCACCUCGACACUGUGUAUAUAAAAGGUACUAACUGUAACAACUUCCAUCUUUCUUGUUGUUUUUGAUAAGUAUAGUUACCAAGUAACUACUCGGAUUUGAUAACUUGAAAUGUUUUAAGAGUUGAAAAAUUAAAUGAAAAAUGUUUUCUAUCUUCCUAACCUCUCCGAUUUGAUUGGUGUUAAAUGAUAAUUUUAAAUGCUAGUGAAUUUCUAUCUACCUUUCUUUAACUUGUGUGUACUUGAAAACUUUAAAUCCUCUACUUAAAGGCUCUGUGUUAGUAGUUGAGUAACACAGAGUUAUAUCUAGUAAACCAUGGAUACCCCUAGUUUUGUUAACCUCCUCAAUAGCCAAAAUCCCGUUGAUCUUGAUGCACCUGAACAUGUUUGGAUGAGUAGCCAGAGUUCAAAUGUUAAGGAGAGGCGUAAGUGGUCUCCCAAAGAGGAUAAAAUCCUGAUUGGGGCUUGGCUUAACACAAGCAAAGACGCUGUGGUGAGCAAUGAGCAGAAAGCUGACGCUUUCUGGAAGAGAAUCGUUGAUUACUACAAUGCAAGCCCUCUCUUGGUUGGGACAGCACCUAGGGAGCUCGGUCAGUGCAAGCAGCGGUGGGCGAGGAUUAACGAGGGCGUCUGUAAGUUCGUUGGCUGCUACGACGCGGCUCUGAGGUGCCAGAGUAGUGGUCAAAACGAGGAUGACGUGAUGAAAGCUGCCUUGGACUUCUACUACAACGACCACUCCAUCAAGUUCAACCUCGAACAUGCUUGGAGGGAGCUCCGGCAUGACAGUAAAUGGUGCUCAACCUAUCUGCCUAAGGAGGGGCCUAAGGAGAAGCGCAAGCAAGUGUUGGAGGUUGAUGGAGAUGAGGAAGUGAGAGAACCUGAAGCAAGACCUAUCGGGGUAAAGGCUGCAAAAGCUGUUCUAAAGAGGAAGAAGAGCAGUAAGGAACUUGAGUUGUCAAAGUUAGAGGCCCUGUUUGAAAUAAAACAGAAACUCUCUAACCAAAAAAUCCUAGAACGUUUGAUAGCCAAACAAGACCCCCUCUCUGAGAUGGAAACAUCACUUAAAAACAAACUAAUGUCUGAGAUGUUACAGUAAGGUAUGUUUAUAGUUUUGAAUAUAAUUUCACUUGCAGGGUCACGGGUGCAUUUUAGACUUGUCACAUUUUGAGGACAUGUGAAGCCAGCUCACGGGUGAAGUAAGCUCACGGGUUCCUCUGUCAUGACUUGUCCUUUCAUCUCUAAUUUGGCCUUAUGUACUUCUAUAAGUUGGCGUAAAGCCUCGGUUUAGGUAGCACUUGUAGUUCACUUGUUUCUUUAGCUUUCUGUGUACUUGAAAACCGUUGUAUUGGCGUGAAGCCUCGGCUUGUAUUGACAUAACUCCAGCACUUUGUAUCAGUUGUAAGCAGGUACUUGUUUCUUUGUUAUCUAUGUAUGGCUUGUGGUUCUUUCGGAUUGUAUUAAUGUGAUCAGCUUCGUGUAUCGCUUGUGAAUUUUAAACAAAUUUAAAUAAAAAAAAAUUACAAAGCAUAUGGAACUCACUUGAGAAUUUUAAACAAUUUAAAAAAAAAAAUUGCAAAGCAUAUGGAACUCACUUGAGAAUUUUAAACAAUUUUAAAAAAAAAAUUACAAAGCAUAUGUCUUCACUUGUGAAUUUUUUAAAAAAAAUUUUUACAAAGAAUAUGUCUUCACUUGUGAAUUUUAAACAAUUUUUUAAAAAUAUAUACAACAUUUUAGCAAACUAUUUAGAUAACAGAAGUCUUCACUUGUAAAAUUUACAACACAAGUGUUUUUUUAAACAAAAAAUUAAUUAACAAUCUUCAUUUUCAGUGAAGGAUUACGAAGUAAACACACAAAAUGUCAUCAUCUUCAUCCGACGAACUCGAAGAAAGACUAGAAGAAGUUUUUGACGACAUUUUGGAGGACACAUACAACAACAUAGUGGAUUCCCAUCACAAUAACCCAGUUAGACGUCUUUAUAUAGAACGCGAUCGAGAAACGGGACACGAACGUUUAUGGAAUGAUUACUUCUGCGAGAAUUCGACUUUUCCCCCCAACUUAUUCAGACGUCGUUUCCGCAUGAACAAAGACUUAUUCAUGCAUAUUGUCCAUCGCCUUUCAGAGGACGUCCCUUUCUUUCGUCAGUCAAGAGAUGCAACCGGGAGGCCCGGUCUUUCUCCACUACAAAAAUGUACGGCUGCUAUUCGUCUCCUCGCUUAUGGUUCUGCAGCUGACGCAGUUGACGAGUAUCUUCGACUUGGUGAAUCCACGGCACUUUUGUGUUUACAUAAGUUCACAGAAAACAUAAUACGGUUAUUUGGAGAUGAGUAUCUACGAAGACCAACUCCAGAGGAUCUUCAACGACUACUUGAUAUUGGAGAGAUACGCGGCUUUCCUGGAAUGGUAGGAAGCAUCGAUUGUAUGCAUUGGGAGUGGAAAAAUUGUCCAACCUCUUGGAAAGGACAAUACACACGUGGAUCCGGAAAACCGACAAUUGUCUUGGAGGCAGUAGCUUCACAAGAUCUUUGGAUAUGGCACGCUUUUUUUGGUUCUCCAGGUACUUUGAACGAUAUUAACGUCCUUGAUCGAUCACCUGUUUUUGAUGACAUUUUACAAGGUCGAGCACCAAGAGUUCAGUACGUGGUCAACGGACACCAGUAUGAUUUGGCGUACUACCUCACAGACGGCAUAUAUCCAAAAUGGUCAACAUUUAUCCAAUCUAUCUCCCUCCCGCAAGGUCCUAAAGCAGAGUUAUUUGCUAAAUGUCAAGAAGCGACUCGAAAAGAUGUUGAGCGGGCUUUUGGAGUUUUGCAAGCUCGAUUUGCGAUUGUGAAAAACCCGGCUCUUACAUUAGACAAGACUAAAGUUGGGAAGAUUAUGAGAGCAUGUAUCAUACUACACAAUAUGAUAGUCGAAUAUGAACGAGACGGAUACACUCAGUACAAUAUAUCUGAGUUUGAAGAAGGAGAUGGAAGCAGAAGUUCUCAGGUAGAUAUGUCCUACAGUACCGAGACGUCUACAAAUCUCGAUAAUAUGGUUGGCAUUCGGACUCAUGUUCGCGAUAGGCGUAUACAUGAACAACUAAAAAACGAUUUAAUCGAAAAUGUUUGGAACAAAUUUGGUGAUCAAAAUUAAUAAUUGUUGUAUGUUUCUUUUAAUCAUGAAAUCAGUAAUUAUUGUAUUUUUAUAUUUUUUUAUGCAAUAAUUUUUUUUUUUCAAUUUUUAAAAAAAUAUAUUAUUAUUUUAUUCCUAAGGACUUCUGAUUGGAUAACACUAUUGGACGUAAGAUUAAGACAAUAAUCCUUAACUAUUCAAAAGUAAAAAAAUAAUACUUUUUAACUCCUAAGGACUCCUAAUACAAGUACACCAAUGCAUAUGCUCUUACCUCUGGAUUUCAAGAUCUCAAUCUCUCUAUACACUAUCUUUAACUUCCAUCAAAUAACUGAGUCACAGGAUCGGGAGCUUGCAGUCAAGUGGUGGAUAAAAAUUUGGGAAGUCACCACAUUUCAGGUUCGAUCCACCUGUCAUGCGAAACUAAGUCACAUUUUUUUGGUCAUUCUACACGGAUAUGGGCUACUGCAUUUCUGCCCAUUUGAAUACCCGGAAAAAGGUCUAUCCGUGGACUGCACCUCCCACUUGGAGAUUAGGUAUGUAUCUUUAAUAGAUUCAGAUUUAACUCUUUUUUUCUCAAAAAAAAUAACAGAGUCAUGGACUCACAAAUAUAAUGUUAUGGACGUGCAACUCAUUUUAUAUAUUUAACUUUGAUAACCGUGGAGAUUCUAAAAGUUUUUUUGGUCCAAAAAUUAAUUUCACGAGGCCCAUAAAAAUCCGGAUUUUCUUUCUACUUUAACUCAUUUUAUCUUUUAAUGGCAAUCUAAUC